UACAACCUCAUCAGCUUCGCCAUCCUCACGCUGGAACUCAUGACGUUCCUCGUGGUCAUUUUCCCGCUUCCGUUCGCCUGGAGGCGCGCCAUGUUCAAGGCGAUUGCCGAGUCGCACAUCAUCGCCAGGCUCCAGUACGGCCUCAAGAUCACCUUUAUCUUCAUCGCGAUCCUCUUUGCCGACGCCGUCAACCAGAUGCUCAAGAUCCACCGCGAGCGCGAGGCCCCUGCCGGCGUCGCCGCCACGCCCGACAUGCGCGCCCAGGCCGACUACCGCUCGCGCAAGUUCCUCAGCGAGCGCAACUUUUACCUGCACGGCUCGUGCCUCGUCCUGUCGCUCAUCCUGUCGCGCACCUACUCGCUCGUGCUCGACCUGAUCCGCGCCCAGGAGGAGCUCGCCGUCCUCCAGGCGCAGACGGGCACCGGUGGGCCCGAGGCCGAGAAG